AUGAGAUUCACCAGAGUGUUAAAGCAAGCCGAAGAGGUCUUGGUUAAGGCCGCUUCAGGAAACCCUACCGGUUUGGCCGGUUUGUACCAACAUCCAAACCCUAGACCUGCCUUGGUCGCAUUAUACAACCAUACUUUGAAAGUGUUGGACACCAAAUUUCCUCAAGACUCCAUCUACAGACAGUCCGUCGAAGCCUUGACCAAGAACAGAUUGAAGAUCGUGCAAGAAGAGGAAAUCACCGAAAACAUCGAAAGCAAGAUCGGUGGUGGUUUGAUCGAAGAAAUCGUGAUACAAGCCCACGAAGAAUUGACCUUGGCCAAGGAAUUAGGUGAGUUGAAGGUCUGGGAAGAAUUGGAAGAGAAGCCUUUGGAAGACCAAUGGGUCUACUUCGGAAAGAAGAUCUAA